AUGGAGAAGAGUAGGAAGCGGGUCUCGAGGGCAUGCGAUUUCUGCCACAAGCGCGGGCUCAAGUGCUCGGGCAAGCCAGAAGAGCCGGAUGGAGCUUGUUCGUCCUGCCAGAAACAUCACGUUGUAUGCACCUUCGACAGGCCAGCGAAGAAGCGCGGCCCAGCACCACGACCCAGGCCCACGACGACGUCCGACUUCACUUUUGCCAGCUCAUCCUCCGCGCUCUCGACUCCGACUCUAUCGACCUACGCAGCGGCACCUUACCCUUCACCCGCGAAUGGCUGGCGUCCUCCCGUCCUCGUGCCCGUCUACGCCCUGCUCAAGGUACUCGCUAUCUACCACGAGACCGCCUACCCUAUCUUCCCCUACUUCGUGUGGCCGGACUUCAUCGUCAAGGUCUCGCACGAAGAGCACCUGAACAAUCGCGCGUUUUACGGAACGGUUGUUGCUGCAACAGCGCUUGGGCUGGCCCGGAUCCGCGACUCGGCUGCAUCGACGAAUCCUCUGUCGCCGCAAGAAGCCGCAGCCUUGCCGACUCCGGAGCAGCUCUUUGCCGCGGCGGAAGACGCCGUGCCCAAGGACCUCUCCGACGCCGAGGACUUCGAUUUUGUCCGCACCACCGCUCUCCUCGCCCUCAUCAGCAUCCAGUUUGCUCGCCCGCGCAAGCUUCAGCAGCAUCUCGGAACAUUCUGGACGCUUUGCAGCAUCAACCGGUUGCACGACGAGAAGCGAUGGGGACAAGGACUAUCUCGGAUUGAGCGGGAGGAGCGGAGAAGAGUGAUCUGGAGUAUGUAUACCCUCGAUCUGUUCUCGGCGCUAUCGUUCGGCGGUGCUCUGCGAAGUCGAGAAGCUUCACUCCUCGUGUCCUUUCCGAGCGAAGCGGACGACGAGAUCCUCGUCGGCGGCGACAAUUCGGACCCACAGACGACGUCAACCGCCUCCUGGCUAACCGGCUGGAAUUUUGUGACGGAGCUGUACAAGACCUUGGAGCACGCCCUCGACUCGCCGGGCAAUCGCGACCUGCACAUGGACAGCGGCACCGUCACCGCGUCAGCUUUCCUCGACUUCCUCGACACAGCCUACUCGUCACUCCCGCAGGCGUUCAAGGAGAUCAGGCCCUUCAGCAAAGACGCGCGACAGGACCGCUUCGGCUACCAAAGCGCCAACAUCCUCGUCACGCUGCAAACAAUCAAGAUGGUCGUCGUCUGUCGAGACCUCACUGACGCGCGACAACGGGAUCAUGCUGUCCAGAUCGCCGAAGCUCUCCUUCGAGACGUCGGCGCCGUUCCGCUCGCCUACUUGCAGGCAAUCAGCUCACCCUUGAUCCACCAUCUUGUCGGCAUCUACAAGCUCCUGUUCCCCGUCACGGAACACGCUUUGACGCCCGACCUCUUCAUCCGCAUCCGCCAGCUCCUCAUCGACAUGACCUCUCUCCUGCAACGCCUCCAAUCCCGCCUGACGUACACGACCGACGUCGUCCAGCGCUUCCAGUCGCAGAUAGCUCGCAUGGAUGCCGCGCAAGCCAUCGGUCUGUCUCGACCAGCUUCGCCUCGCCUCGCCCCUCCCGUCAUCCCGUCCGCAUCGACCGCGCCGACCGCAUCUUUUGCUUCUACGUCCACCUCCGCGUCACAUAUUCCCUUGCCCUCCGUCCGCUCGCAGGACAACAACCCCGCCUUCAGCGUCGCGCCACCCUACGACACAGAUCUCCUCGCAGCUCCCCUCGACGUCCCGUGGGAAUCGGCGUUUGAGUUGCAAGACGUCUUUUCCGACUGGCCUUUCGACUUUGACACGAGCUGGAUUGGCGUCGAGAACGGGUUGGAAGGGAUGCACUUCGGCAGCAUGCAGCAGCCGGUGGCGGGUCCAGUCUUCAGCGGGCAGCAGCAGCAUGAGGGCGGGGACUGGCAGUAG